CGGAGCUGCUUCGUUCUUCUGUUCUGUUCUUGUUACUGUAUUCGCACUUAUCAGAGCAUCAACUCAAACACGUCCGUCUAUACGCAAUGCUUCUCUCCAGACUCGCACUGGCUUCAGUGCUUGCUUUUGCCAACGUUGCCUCAUCUCAAGUGAUAGUCACGAUUACCAAUACUGUAACUGUGGUGACAGUAACCGUCACUCCCAAAUCUACGUCAAUAUCGUAUACCUACGUCACAGUGACGGGAAGCAGCCCACCUUUGACAACAGCGUCCACUUCCACUCUCACUGUGGUGGUAACAGCUACCGGAGUAGCAACGCCAACAGGAUCAAGUUGCCCGAUAGAAGAAUGGGGCCAAUGUGGUGGUGAAGGGUAUGGUGGGUCGUGUGGCCGGUGCGCCAGUAAUGCGGUCUGCAAGUACAAGGACAUUUGGUACUCUUAUUGUAGCAACCUCCCUGAGGUGGUGCAUGCAGUUUCCACGAUAUACAUGCCAUAGGCAAGGGUAUCUCUCAGGUGUGGCAAGAUGCAGGUGGUACCUAAUUGUCAGCUAUGAUUCGUGUAGGACAGGCACAGUAAACUGUAUCCGAAUAGUGGCGG